UUUUUCUUAUGUUUUAUGUCUACCGUCGGUGGGUCAGACUAUUCAGCUAUGUAACUUUAUAUAGAAAUAGACAAUAUUGUACGAGCUAAGUCGAAAUUCACGGAAAAUACGACUGUUUUGUUUAUUUUAUGGUUAAAUAGUUCUGAAAAAAAUAUUUACAAAGUUCAUUUUGAGUUGUAUACCUAAAAUGGGUACUAAUUUUGUAAGUUUCUUCAACAAAACUAACAACAUUAGCAAGUUACGAACAAAAUACUUUGUACGAAAUUUGCAUUACAUCCAAGGACAGGAACCAACACCAAAAGUUCGUGAAUAUUUUUAUUACAUUGACCACGAAGGAAUGCUCUUUUUAGACGAUGCCAAAAUGAAGAACUUUACAUCUUGUUUUAAGGAGACAAAAUUUUUAAAAUUUUUUUUCACACGCAUCAAAAUUAACAAGACUGAUCGCUAUAACCAGGAAUUUCCUUUUAUAUCAUAUUGUGGUAGAGAGAGGAAUUAUAUACGUUGUGAUGAUCUGCCAAUUGUGUUCACUCAAGUAAUCAAGUGUCCAGAUGGGAACGAUAUGCUUGCGUAUGCCCACGCAGGUAAGGAGCUGAUAACUCAGUUUCACCCAGAUAAAAUAUUUAUGAAACCCGAUUCUGGCAGGGUUUAUCAUCCAGCGUGGCCAGAAGUCGGUGGCAUUGGACUUGUUCGGUCCAAAUUGGCUAUAGAAAUUUGUAAAUACUUUGAAUUUGAUAAAGGAGAAGAUAAUCCACCAACACACUUUACGUGGAAUGGCCAACGACUACAUUUAGACAACGAGUGGAUUAACGACACAAUAAUCAAAGAAAGGGUUGCACAAUAAUACUUUUACUUUUACUGUGAUAUUUUGUACAUAAAUAAUAUCUCAUCUAUCUAUAUUAAAACUACUCUAUGCUAA